ACACUUGCAGGGCAGCGUUUUGGCGGCAUUGUAUUGUUUAUAAUUUAGUUUAUUUCACAAAUCCCAUCCUGUUUCCAUAAUGUCAAUUACUUUGGAUUUCAAUGGAAAGAACUUGGCUAAAAGCAAAACUCUGAAUCUGCACUAUUUGCCAGCUAAAGUAAAUGGCGAUGGCAACGCAAAUGUGGAGACGUACUUCAACAAUUACACACGUGAAGCGCCCGAGUACGGAUCGGGGGUAGUGACCAAUGCCUUGCGCGGCUACCCGUUGGUGGGCCAUCGAAUACAAGUGCCCGAAGGCUACAAGGGGAUAGUCCUGCAGGAGACGGAGAAGCCUUUGAGCGAGUCUACAGACCGUCAAUUGCGUCUCACUGGUGUUUUUGAUGAGUUCACCUACUGGAACUACGAUAAAGUCCCAUCAAAUGGCGAUCCUUACAGACAGGCUUUGCUCAUGGCAGAUGUGGCCCAGGCGCUAUCCGAACCCAUUAGCGAGGAGGAUUUGGACGCCGAAAUUAAAAGAAAUCGGGAAAGCAAAAAGGAAAACAGUUCUUAGCUCUUUAGCGCGCUUAUAGCGUUUAUUAUAUAAUAUUCCAAAAGCUAAUCAAAUAUAAUCUUAACAUUUCA